GUGACGUCCUUCUAGUGUUGUUGCCUGCGGCCGCACGUGGUCAACUAAGUCCACCUACUCAGAGCUGCGGUCCGCGUCCACAGCACCAUCCGGUUGUCUUCCUGCGCCUCCUGCUCGCUAUGUCCACAUCCACGAGCUGCCCGAUUCCCGGGGGCCGGGACCUGCUGCCGGACUGCUACAGCACCACGCCAGGGGGCACGCCAUACUCUACUACCCCGGGAGGCACCAGGAUCAUCUACGACCGAAAGUUCCUGCUGGAGUUCAAGAACUCACCCAUUGCCCGGACACCCCCCUGCUGUCUCCCUCAGAUUCCCGGGGUCACAACUCCUCCAACAGCCCCACCCCACAAGCUGGAGUUGCUGAAGGAGCAGAAGGAGACAGAGGAAGAGAUACCUGAUGAUGCACAAUUUGAAAUGGACAUGUAACCCAGUGCAGAAGACCCCAUGUGGAGUUAAGAGGGAUUCCCUGUGUGGCUGCUGCCCACCACCUCUUCUUGGGGUAUCCUACCAAAGGCUGACUGGCAUCAAUUCAGAAACAAGGGACUUGUUGGUUCUGGGCUUCCUUUAGUUCUGAGGCAGCUAGACCAGGGACAGGAGUAGGCAACUUGCCAAGUCCUUACCUCUACUCUCUCUUUGGUUCCUAGCAACUCUUCUAAGCCCUCUCUGCUCAAGGAUAGCACUGGGGGAUGCAGUAUGUCAACUUUUGGCUGUUUAGUAAACAUUUGGAAAUGA